AUGUCCGACAUUGAUGAAGAGUCUUCGAAGUUAUUUUCGUAAGAUUCUAUGCAAGAGGAGGAUGAUGAAGAUUAGAGAUUAGACAAUGAUGACAUUUGGAAGGUCCUUCGAAUGUUUUUUUAAACUCAUGGAUUAGUCUCAUAAUAAAUAGGCUCGUAUGAAAGCUUUGUUGAAAAUGUGAUCAAAUUCGUGAGAGGACAUGAAGGGACAUUUGUUGUCAAAGUCAAACCUUAAUACAAAGAAGAAGAGCGGCAAGAAGGUAAUAUUUAAUUUUAUUCUCUUUAUAGCUUAUCUUGAAUACCUAUAUUAAUUCUAAAUAACAAGAUGUUUUAUGGGGAAAAAGAAUAUUCAUGUAGAUAAAUUUGAGGAGGAAAUCUUUCCAAUGAUUGCUAGAUUAAGAGAUCUUACUUAUUCAAGAUAAUUAAAAAUAGACUUGGAAGUAACAAUGUAAUAAAGAAAUAAACGGGAUGGUUCAAUAGAAGAGAAAAGUAAAUAAUAAUUUAAAGGACUUCCUUUUUUCAAAUUACCAAUUAUGGUAAGAAGUAGAUUUUGUUCAUUGCAAAAAGAUCCAAAAGAUUAAGAAUUAAUAUAAUUAAGAAUAUAAAAUGGGGAAUGUGGAUUUGAUCAAGGAGGAUAUUUUAUAUUAAGAGGAUCUGAAAAGGUUAUAGUUGCUUAAGAAAGAAUAGCAAAUAAUGUAGUGUUAGUUUUUAAAAGUAAAAUAGUAAAUAAACCUUGGGUGGCUGAAAUUAGAUCAUAACCAGACCUAUUUUCAAAUCCUAAUGUUUUUAAAGUUGAGCUUCGAUAUAUAUAAAAUACUCCUGUUAUCAGAUGUAGUGUGAAAUAAUUUAAUUCAACAUAAGGAAUACCAUUAUUUACUUUAUUUAGAGCCUUAGGUAUUAGUAGUGAUUAGGAGAUUUUGGAAAGGAUAGUAUAUAAUUUAGAAGAUGAAUUUAUGGGUCCAAUGUUAGAAAUGUUAUAUGGUUCAUUGUAGGAAGGUGGUGAAUAUGAGGAUGAAGAAUUAUGUCUUAGAUGGAUAGGAAAUAAAAUAAAAAAGGCAGAAAAUUAAGAUCCAGAAACUUUAAUUUAAGAAGCUAAAAAAUUAAUUAAUAAGAAUAUCUUACCACAUAUUGGUGUAUCUACAGAAAGUAGAGAUAGAAAAGCUUAUUUUUUGGGUUAUAUAGUACAUAGAUUAUUAAAUGCAUCAUUGGGAAAAACAGAUUAGGAUGAUAGAGAUCAUUAUGGUAAAAAGAGAUUGGAUAUGGCAGGAGCUAUGAUGAUGGGAGUAUUCAAAACAUCAUUUGAAUAAUUUAAAUAGAAUUCUAAAAAGGCAUUAGAAAAAUAUAUUAAUGGAGGAAGAAGAGGAAGAGGAUAAUAAACAAAAAUUGAGAAUAUGAGAUAACCUGAUGAUAUUAAAUCCUUUUUUGAUGGUGAAUAAAUAUCAAAAGAUAUUGAUAAUGCAUUGGCUACUGGAAAUUGGGGAAGAAGUAAAGAAGGUCAAGUUGUCAAAACAGGAGUUGCUUAAACAUUAAAGAGAGAGACAUCAUUAUUUGCAACUCUUAGUCAUUUAAGAAGAAUGAAUGCUCCUAUUAAUCCAUAAAUGAAAUUGAGUAAACCUAGAUAAUUACAUAAUACUCAUUUUGGAUUCAUCUGUCCUGCUGAAACACCUGAAGGAUAAAAAAUUGGUAUUGUCAAGAAUUUAUCAUUAAUGACUACUGUUUCAAAUGAUUUAUAACCAAAAGAUAAAGAAACCUUAUUAAAAUUAAUUAUGGUUUCUUAAUAAAAUGAUUUUGAUUUUAUUUUACUUUAGGGAGAUUUCUAAGCUUCAGAAAUACCUAGAAUGACAAAAGUUUUAGUAGAUGGUAAUUGGAUAGGAUUUACUAAAAAUCCUGAAUAAUUCAUUCAUGAAUUUAAAAAUUUAAGAUCAGCUGAAGAAUCUUACAUUCCUAUAGAAGUAUCAAUAAAUUUUGAUUAUGUAAAUAAAGAAAUUAGAAUUUAUACUGAUGCAGGAAGAUGCAUGAGACCUUUAUUUAUAGUUUAGAAUAAUAAAUUAAAGUUGAUGAAGGGAGUACUAAAUUAAGUAAAAGAAUGGGAAGAAUUGUUGAAAAAUAAAUGUGUUGAAUUAUUAGAUGUUGAAGAAGAAGAAGGUUCAUUAAUAGCCAUGGAUAUUGAUAUUAUGAUGAGAGGUACAUAGAAUUUUAAAAGAUAUACACAUUGUGAAAUACAUCCAUGUAUGAUGUUUGGUGUUUGUGCAUCAGUUAUUCCAUUUGCAAAUCAUAAUUAAGGACCAAGAAAUACUUUAUAAAGUGCUAUGGGUAAAUAAGCUAUGGGAUUAAAUUCAACAAAUUUCAAUAUUAGAUUUGAUACAUUGGUUCAUAUCUUACAUUAUCCACAAAAACCCUUGGCAUCAUCAAAAGCAGUAGAUUUUAUCACUGUAAAUGAAGUUCCAAUUGGUAUUAAUUGUGUUACUUCUAUUGCUUGUUUUACAGGAUAUAAUCAAGAAGAUUCAAUUAUUAUUAAUUAAUAUGCAAUAGACAGAGGAUUUUUUAGAUCUGUUUUUUAUAGAACAUAUAAAGAAUCAGAAGAUAAGGAUCCUGAUAAUUUUACUGAAACUAAAAUUACAAAACCUAUUGGUGAUAAUUUUGCUGGCAAAUUAUUUAUUAAAUUAGAUAGUGAUGGAAUUGUACCUCCAGGAACUAAAGUAGAUGAAGAAGAACCUAUUAUUGGAAAAGAAUUAAUAAUAGAUAAUAUUAUGUUGAAUACAGCAAAUGGUUAAAAAAAUACAAAAGAAUGUUCAUUAUUAACAAGAAGAGCAGAAAGAGGAGUUGUUGAUUCUGUUUUAAUUAGUGAGAAUUAGAAAGGAUAUAAAUUAGUAAAAGUAAAAGUGAGAUCAUUAAGAAUUCCAUAAAUUGGUGAUAAAUUUUGUAGUAGACAUGGAUAAAAAGGUACUUGUGGAAUGACUUACAGAUAAGAAGAUUUACCAUACACUCUUGUAGGUAUAUCUCCAGAUUUAACUAUUAAUCCACAUUGUAUUCCAUCAAGAAUGACAAUAGGUAAAAUUAUAUUAUUAUUUGUAGGACAUUUAAUUGAAUGUUUAUCAUCAAAAUUAGCUUCUAUAAAAGGAUAAUUUAAUGAUGCUACACCAUUUGCAUAAAUAUUAGUCAAUAAUAUUGCUAAGGAAUUACAUUCAGUUGGAUGGUAAAAAUGGGGUAAUGAAGUUAUGACUAAUCCAUAUACUGGUAAUAUGUUUUCAAUUCCUAUUUUUGUUGGACCUACUUAUUAUUAGAGAUUAAGACAUUUAGUAGAUGAUAAAAUGUAUGCUAGAUCAAGAGGACCUGUAACUGGAAUCACAAGAUAACCAACUCAUGGUAGAAGUAGAAAGGGAGGAUUAAGAUUUGGUGAAAUGGAAAGAGAUUGCAUAAUCUCUCAUGGUAAAUUAAAUAAAUAUAUAUUAUUAUAGGUACUGCUAAAUUUUUAAAAGAAAGAACAUAUGAUGUAUCAGAUGCAUUCAGAGUUCAUGUUUGUUCUAAAUGUGGAUUGUUUGCUGUUGCUAAUUUAGAAAAUUAAGAAUUUUAUUGCAAUAUUUGCAAGAAUACAAAUAAUUAAAAUUAAAUUUAUUAAGUUCUAAUGCCUUAUGCAGCAAAGACCUUAAUUUAAGAAUUGAUUUCAAUGAAUAUUGCUCCAAGAUUGAAGUUUGAUUAAUCUAAAUUGAAACAUGAAAUUUGA